AUGUUAAAUCAAGGAGAUAGUAAAGGUCGUCUGGAUCUGGCCAAUAGAGCUGACUUGCCGAUAUCGUCUGACCUGGUCCCGGUAAAGCUUUCGACAACUAGUACCACACCUGAGACAAUUAAUGUGGAUGAGUUUGAUGUUAUGGUAAAUGACUUGCGGAGCAUCUUUUUGUGUUGGUUGAAAAAGACACAGAAUGGACUUAAGGCGCAAAGAGACUCUAUCAAUAGAGAAACGGAAGAACUGCAAAAGGAAAAGGAGGCCUUUGUACAAAGAAUGAAACAGGAACGUGCGAUUGAAGCCGAAAAAUUGGCAGAGGAUCGCCGCAGACAAAAUGCUGAAAUCGCAUCCCAGCUCAAGCAAGUGCAGAUUGAACGCGAAGAUUCUCGUAGACGCAUAGAAGAGGAUUUGUGCAAACUUGAACACGAACGUGACGUUUUCCGCAAAUACAUGCAGCUGGAGACUGAAAAGUUUAGACAAAAGGUUGAGCUUUUUGAACAAGAAAAGAGAAAGGUAGUGGAUACCAAAAUUGCUUCGGAAACAAUGGUGGAUAUUAAUGUUGGUGGUGUCGUAUUUGAGACAUCUAGGCAUACACUUACAAAGCAAGAGAGUUCGUAUCUUAAUGGGUUAUUAAGUGGUCGAUAUGAAAUUGGAAGAGAUAGGCAAGGAAGAAUUUUUAUUGAUCGGGAUUAUGAGCUCUUUAGGAUUAUCCUAAACUUCUUAAGGAAUCCUGCAAGUUUACCCGUGCCUAGAGAUCUAACAGAGAGUUCCAUGAUCUUGAAUGAAGCUGCUUACUACCGUGUCAAAUUCAGUCCAUACCCUCUUGUCUUGUGUUAUGGUGGUCACAAUGGUCAUGAGCAUCUAAAGUCUAUGGAACUGCUUGACCAGGAAACAAAAUGCUGGAGAAAUUGCUCUCCAAUGAGAACUGAGCGUAUCUACUUUGGUAGUGGUGUAUUAAACAACUUUUUAUACGUCUUUGGUGGCCAGAACUUGGAUUACAAGGCACUUUGUGACGUUGAAAUGUACGAUAGACUUCGUGACAGCUGGCAUGCAGCUGCAUCACUAAAACAGCCUAGAAGGAAUAAUGGCGGUAUUUCAUUUGAAAAUAGAUUAUUUUGUGUUGGAGGGUUUGAUGGAAUGAACAUUUUGGAUAGUGUGGAAUCUUAUGAUGUUAGAAUGAAAAAUUGGAUUCCAAUGGCUACACUAAAAGUUCCUAGAUCAUCCGCAAUGGUUACACACCAAAACGGAAGUAUAUAUGCCAUUGGAGGAACUAAUGGCGAGCGUCUAAAGAGUGUAGAGAGAUACGAUUUGAGAAAAAAUGAGUGGGAACUCAUAACAAAUGGGCUUUUGGAAGUACGUAGCGCCGGAUCUGCAUGUAAUUAUCAUAAUGAAGUUUUCAUUGUUGGUGGAAUUGAUAACACACAGAAUAUACACUCGUCAUUUGAGACUUGGGAUUCCAAGAACCAGACAAGCAGUUUCCUAAAGGAUGCCCCUGUGCCAGUUAUGGACGCAGCAAUGGUUUCUACAGAUCUUUCGAUAUUGAUGACUGGCGGACAAAAUACCAGUGUUUUGGAUUCUACAUAUUUUUAUCAACCAGAAACAGAUGUAUGGACUGCAGGUCCACCUCUGAUAAUGCCAAGGUACGGUCACUGCACUACUGUUUUGGACUUUUAG